CCAACACGUCAAACAAAUUCAACAAGCCAAACAAACCCAACAAGUCCAACAAGCCAAACAAGUCCAACAAGCAAAACAAAGCCAACAAGCCCAACAAACCAAACAAGUCAAACAAAACCAACAAGUCCAACAAACCCAACAAGCCAAACAAAACUAACAAGCCAACACGUCAAACAAAUCCAACAAGUCACACAAACCCAACAAGCCAAACAAGUCCAACAAACCCAACAAGCCAACAAAACCAACAACCAACACGUCAAACAAAUCCAACAAGCCAAACAAGUCAAACAAACCCAACAAGUCCAACAAGCCAAACAAGUCCAACAAGCCAAACAAAACCAACAAGUCCAACAAACCAAACAAGUCAAACAUGUCAAACAAAUCCAACAAGCCAAACAAGUCAAACAAACCCAACAAGUCCAACAAACCCAACAAGCCAAACAAGUCCAACAAACCCAACAAAACCAACAAGCCAACACGUCAAACAAAUCCAACAAGCCAAACAGACCCAACAAGUCCAAUAAGCCAAACAAGUCCAACAAGCAAAACAAAACCAACAAGCCCAACAAACCAAACAAGUCAAACAAAACCAACAAGUCCAACAAACCCAACAAGCCAAACAAAACCAACAAGCCAACACGUCAAACAAAUCCAACAAGCCAAACAAGUCACACAAACCCAACAAGUCCAACAAGCCAAACAAGUCCAACAAACCCAACAAGCCAAACAAGUCCAACAAAUCCAACAAGUCUAACAAGCCAACAAAUCCAACAAGCCAAACAAGUCAAACAAAGUCAACAAGUCCAACAAGCCAAACAAGUCCAACAAACCCAACAAGCCAACAAAACCAACAAGCCAACACGUCAAACAAAUCCAUCAAGCCAAACAAGUCAAACAAACCCAACAAGUCCAACAAGCCAAACAAGUCCAACAAGCCAAACAAAACCAACAAGUCCAACAAACCAAACAAGUCAAACAUGUCAAACAAAUCCAACAAGCCAAACAAGUCAAACAAACCCAACAAGUCCAACAAACCCAACAAGCCAAACAAGUCCAACAAACCCAACAAAACCAACAAGCCAACACGUCAAACAAAUCCAACAAGCCAAACAGACCCAACAAGUCCAAUAA